AUGUCAGACGCUCCAGAUGUUGAUGACCGUGUGGAUUACGAGGAUGGUAGCUCCAGUGAGAUGGAGGAGGAGGAACAUGUAGAAGAGUAUGAAGAGGAAGAAGACGAUGAUGACAAUCAAGAUGUGGAUAGGGAAGAAGGUCAGGAGGAGUUAGCUGAAGAUGAAGACAACAAUAUUGAUAUUGAUAUUGAGACAGCAGAAGAUGAAGAGAAGUCACCCUCUCCUAUUGACGAAGAAAAGGAAGAGUAUUCCUUUCUUCUCUCACUUCCUCCUCAUGGUUCUGAAGUUUUCAUUGGCGGCCUCCCUAGGGAUGUUGGAGAAGAGGACCUGAGGGAUCUAUGUGAACCAAUCGGCGACAUAUUUGAGGUGAGACUGAUGAAAGAUAGGGACUCCGGUGAGAGUAAAGGCUAUGCCUUUGUAGGUUUCAAAACCAAAGACGUUGCACAAAAGGCCAUUGAGAAGCUCCACAGUAAAGAGUUUAAGGCAAGCUCGACCGCUUCAUGCUCCCUUUCUGAAACUAAGAAUAGAUUGUUUAUUGGUAACAUCCCAAAAGGCUGGGAUGAGGAUGAGUUUAGGAAAGUCAUAGAGGAUGUGGGUCCUGGAGUGGAGAAUAUUGAGCUCAUCAAAGACCCAACAAAUUCCACACGUAACCGUGGUUUUGCAUUUGUUAUAUACUACAACAACGCAUGUGCUGAUUACUCAAGGCAGAAAAUGAUAGAUUCUAGUUUUAAGCUCGAGGGUAACGCUCCAACUGUGACUUGGGCUGACCCCAAAAGCUCUCCUGAGACUUCAGCCGCUGCUGCUCAGGUGAAAGCUCUUUAUGUGAAGAAUAUUCCAGAGAAUACAUCAACAGAGCAACUUAAAGAGCUCUUUCAGAGACAUGGAGAAGUUACUAAAGUCGUCACACCUCCUGGAAAAGGUGGAAAGCGUGAUUUUGGGUUUGUCCACUAUGCUGAAAGGUCUAGUGCUUUGAAGGCUGUCAACGACUCCGAGAGAUAUGAAAUCAACGGUCAAGAGUUAGAAGUUGUGCUUGCUAAACCCCAGGCUGAGAGGAAACAUGAGCCUUCUUCUUAUGCUUAUGGUGCUGCUGCAGCUACUCCUGCUCCCUUUGCUCUUCCCACCUUUGGUGGUUUUGCUGCGCCUCCUUAUGGUGCUAUGAGUAUUGCCGGUAGUUUUGCUCAGCCAAUGAUCUAUGGUAGAGGAGCAAUGCCAACAGGGAUGCAAAUGGUUCCAAUGCUUCUUCCUGAUGGCCGAGUUGGCUAUGUUCUGCAACAGCCUGGUAUGCAGAUGGCACCACCACCGCCGCGACCCAGAAGAGUUGACCGGAAUAACGGCUCAAGCGGAAGGUCAGGGAGAGAAAGCAGCCAUGAUGAUGAUGGUAACCGAGGAGGCAGAAGGUACCGUCCCUACUAG